UUCUCGUUUGACCGAAAUGGCGGAUAAGUCAAGAAGUGGUCCUCCCGAGUAUGUGGUAGUACGAGAGAUCUACGAACAUGAGGACGCACAGGAGGAAUUUGAGCUUGAGCUGGAGAAAGCUCUGGAUGCUAAUGCCAAGAUAAUCAUCAUAGAACCUUCCAAACUCGGUGACGAGACAGCCCACUGGAUCAGUGUAGGCAACUGUCUGCACAAAACAUCAGUCCUUACUGGACUGGGUGCUCUCAUAUCAGGAGGAUGCUGGCCGGAGAGAGGAUUGCUGUUUCUGCCCCUCGGUUCUUUGAGUGUAUUGUGUGCUGGGGUAUAUGCCAUCUCCUGGCAGUUUGAUCCGUGUUGUAAAUAUCAAGUCGAACACAAUAAGAACCGCAUUAAGAAAAUCCCAGUGCAUACAUUGACUACUACCACUCCUGUGGUGUUGGUUAGACGAGACGACAAACGGCGCAAACUACUUCACAAUGCUGUGUCGCUUUGUGCUGGUGCUUUCUGUGCGUGGAAGAUAUAUCAGUGGUAUAUAGAAUAGUGGUUCCGUAUGCAAUGCCUAUGAUGUCAAACUAUAACAGCAGAAACAAUAGGGUUGUUGUCGAUGAGAAAUAUCCUGCAACUUGUGCCUCGAUGACUGAGCGUGUGGACAGAUUUCAAGGGUGAUGAUGUGUGCAGUGUUUUGUCUGUGAGGGCUUAAUUGUAUAAAGUUACCUCUUCAAGAUUUGUAUAGAUGCCGAAUCAGAAAGUUGCACCUUUUACCCUCGAGUGAAACUUCGAGAGCCAUGUCCUUCAUGGUUCAACCUGAAAAACAUAUUUUUGGGAACCUUUGACAUAUAAUACUUAUACCAUUGAUUAGCAAAAGCUAUUAUAUUUGAGUAUUUUCAGAUAACGAAGACUCUUUGUUGAAAAAAAUUCAGGGAAUGAAUUAUUCACAUGUUUAUUGACCAGUUAUUAAAAUGUGUUCAAUUGUA